AUGAUAUCAAGUAAUGGUCAUAAACGCAAAUCAUCAUCAUCAACAGCAACAACUAUAGACAAUAAUAAUACAACAAUAACAAAACGAUUCCGUGGUACUACUUUUAAUGGAAAAAUUCAUUAUAAUGAAGAUCAAAUACCCAAUUUAUUAUCUGAACAAUCGAAAAUAAUGACAAUUUGUAAUAGUAAACAAGAAAUGACAUCAGAAUAUCGACAACUUCAAUAUGAAUUACAAUGUCAAGAAGCUUUACUUGUUCUUAUGCAAAAGCUUAAAACAAAUCAACGAAUUGUAUCACAAACAAAUAAUAUUAAACAGCGAACAACAACACCAGUUAAUACAACAAAAUCAAAUUCAAUUACACCAAUCAAACAGCCAUCGAAUUUAACGAAUCGAUCAACACCAACCAAACCACCUCAUCCCAACCAAUAUACAGUUAAUCGAGCAAAUAAUAAUAAUAAUAAUAAUAUUACACAGCAACAAUCAUCAAAACCUUCUGUACCAUUACCUCAAGCUACACGACAGUCAAAUAAUAGUAUAUUACCAGCAGCAACAGCAGUAGCUACACGUCUACCAGCGACAGCGACGAAAAAUUCUGCUGUAACAUCAACAACAACAACCAGUUCAUCUAAGAAUAAUGGCAUAACUACAGAUCAACAUUUAUUAAGUGCAAAAUUAGCUUUACGUAAACAACUUGAACAAACACUCUUACAAAUUCCAACACCAAAACCAACAACAUGUGAUUUAACUUAUAUACCUGGUAUAAAUGGUUGGUCAGAAUUUUUAACAUUAAUUGGUCUUGAACAAGCAUUUAAUACGUAUAAUGAUUUUCUUAAUCGUCGUUUAUCACCAGAAUUUUCAUUUAAUUUACCAAAUGUAUGUGCUCAAUGUGGUACGGAUUGGUCGGUAACAUGGCAUGAAAUUCCGUCGACUAAUGAUACAGAUAAUGAUGAAAAAAUCCUUUGUGAUCGUUGUAGAAAAACAUCACAGAAGAAAAUUCUUAAACAAGAUCAUUCGAAUCGUUUACGACAAGCAUUUAUGAAAGCAUUACAACAAGAAAAAGAACUUGAUGCUAAAUUUCAACAACAAUCAUCAACAGCAACAAUAACAACACCAGCAACAACUAUUAAACAACCAUCAUCAUCAUCAUCAUCGUCGUCACAUAAUAAACAUUCGAGUAAACCUUUGUCUACAAAAAUAAAUUCAAAUCAUCAAUCGAGUAAACAAACAAAUAAUCAUCAUCAUCGUCAUCAUCAUAAUCCAAAACCUAGUUCAUCAAAACAUUCAACACCUGUUGAUACAUUUGCAUCAACAUUAGCUGCUUUACCCACGAAUGAACAAAUAGAAUUAUUUCAAAAACAUUUUCUAUCAAAUAUGUUUCCAUUUGCUGUUGCUAAUCAAGCUGCUGCACUUGCAGCAAAAUCAACACAACAACAACAACAAGCAUUAGCUGCAUCAUUGCCAGCUAUGGCUGCUUCAUUAAUGCGUCAAGGUAAUCCAGCUCAAUAUUUACUUGAUAUGAUACCACAAGCAGCUAAACAACAACAACAACAGCAGCAACAACAUCAUCGUCAUUCGAAAUGA